AUGCCACUUUCAGACAUUGAGUGGGCAUCCAGUUCAAUAAAUCGAAUGGUGCAAGAUGAGUUGAGAUAUGACAUAAUAGAAAUGCAUGAAGAGCAUACAAAAUUGAUUUUCAAUCUAACAACAGAACAACAUGUUGUUUAUAGCACAAUAAUCAGUGCUAUAGACAUAAAUUUAUGUGGCAUUUUCUUCGUUUACGGUUAUGGAGGGACUGAAAAGACAUUUGUCUGGAGAACAUUGUCAGCAACAUUAAGGUCAAAAGGAGAUAUAGUACUCAACGUUGCUUCAAGUGGUAUAGCUUCGUUACUACUACCUGGUGGCAGAACUGCUCAUUCAAGGUUUGCAAUACCACUAAAUCCAAAUGAGGAUUCUACAUGUAACAUCAAUCAAGGUAGCGAAUUAGCUGAACUCAUUGUUAAAUGCAAACUUAUAAUUUGGGAUGAAGCGCCAAUGAUGCACAAACAUUGCUUUGAAGCUUUGGAUAGAAGUUUGCGUGAUAUAUUGCGUUUCAAUAACCCACAAGGGCUAGACGUACCUUUUGGAGGAAAAACAGUUGUGUUUGGUGGAGACUUCAGACAAAUUUUACCAGUUAUACCAAAAGGAACUAGGCAAGAUAUUGUGCAUGCAACAAUAAAUGCAUCUUACCUAUGGAGGUAUUGUAAAGUCCUACGCUUGACAAAGAAUAUGAGACUCCAAAACUCAUCCUCAAAUAAUGAUUAUGCACAACUGAAACAUUUUUCUGAAUGGAUUGCAAAAAUAGGAGAUGGCAAAAUUGAGGGGCAAACAGAUGAAUGUGAAUACAUAGAGAUACUUGGACAAAUACUCUUACAGUAUUCUACAGAUCCCAUUAAAGCAAUUGUGGAAAGCACGUAUCCAUCAUUCUCAAGUAUAAUUGAUGAUCCAUCGUACUUACAAAAAAGGGCGAUAUUGACACCAACACUUGACGUGGUACAUUCUAUAAAUGAAUAUAUCAGUUCUUUAAACACGUCUGAUGGAAUUACAUAUUUGAGUUGUGAUAGUACUUGCAAAUCUGAUUCUAAUGUUGAUAUGUUAGCUGAUGUUCACACUCCAGAAUUUUUAAAUGGAAUCAACUGUUCAGGUGUACCCAAUCAUGCAUUGACAUUGAAAGUUGGCACUCCAGUUAUGCUAUUAAGAAAUAUUGACCACUCAAUUGGUUUAUGUAAUGGCACAAGAAUGGUAAUUACUAAACUUGGAAAUCAUGUUCUAGAAGCAAGGAUAUUGUCCAGAAGCAGUGCAGUUUCUAGGGUCACUACUCCAGAAGGGCUGAAAAUAUUGAUUUGUGACAGUGAAAGCACCAGAAAAACUUCAACAGCAAACAUUGUAUACAAUGAAGUUUUUCAGAAUUUGUAA